AUGGCAAGAACGAAACAAACUGCUCGAAAGUCAACAGGAGGAAAGGCCCCACGGAAGCAGUUAGCUACAAAGGCUGCUCGAAAGAGUGCUCCAGCGACAGGAGGUGUGAAAAAGCCACACAGAUAUCGACCUGGCACUGUGGCUCUUCGUGAAAUUCGACGUUACCAGAAAUCAACAGAGCUAUUAAUAAGAAAACUGCCAUUUCAGAGACUGAUUCGUGAAAUAGCACAAGAUUUCAAGACAGAUUUACGAUUCCAAAGUUCCGCAGUAAUGGCACUUCAAGAAGCAUCUGAGGCGUAUCUUGUCGGCCUUUUCGAAGACACAAACUUGUGUGCAAUCCAUGCAAAGCGUGUCACUAUUAUGCCUAAAGACAUUCAACUCGCACGACGUAUACGAGGAGAAAGAUCGUAA